AUAGCCGUCUUCAGCGUAAAUCUGAAUAAUAACAGCUACUCAAUUCUCUAAACCGAAGUUGUUAGUUUAUGCACGCUGCUUGCGUCACUGCGUAAUCAAAUGUAAACAUACAAAUAAUAACCGUAGAUGUAAGUUGAUUUAAUGUUGACACACAAGGUACAUUUUGCAGUGGGAACUAGCUAACGUCUUCCCGUGCGUACGGACAUGAUGGGUGUAAAGAUACGGCUAGUUUUGAUGGUCAUCGCUACUAUUCUUGCCUUCUUGCUUGCUGCUUCGGAGUCGUCCUUUCGGUGUUACCUCUGCAUAAGGGGAAGGUCCUCGUUUGAUGAAUGUGAUAAGUAUAAGGUAAAACAAAGAUGCGACGCUCAAGACCGAUGCGCUACGUUCACGUACAAAAACAGCACAGGACACCUCGUGUACGGGAAGAGCUGUACUUACGAACGCUAUUGCACGCCCAAGGCAUUCUGUGACAUACUUAAAACCACAGACUGUACGAUUGAAUGUUGUAGGACAGAGCUUUGUAAUUACCAGGUUGGAUUUGCGUCACCGUCACCAUCGUCAACAUCAACAACAACACCGUUAUCAUCUGCAACUACAACGCCAUCAUCAUCAUUAACAUUACCAUCAUCAUCAUCGUCAUCAUCACCAUCAAAAACAACAACGAUAACCACACCAUCACCGUCACAAUUAUCAUCAUUAUCAUCAACAACCCAAAAAUACCAAACACCAACACUAUCAUCUUCGUUAUCACUUUCGCUGUCACUACAAUCGCCGUCACCAUUUUUAUCACUAGCAGCAAUCAUAUCACCAUUACCGUCACAAACACUGGCAUUAUUGUCACCAUCAUCAACGACAACCACAUUGGCACCAUUGCCAUCAAAAUCAUUUUCACCAAAACCAUCAAAAUCGCCAUCACUUUCACCGUCACAAUCGCCAUCAUUAACAUCAUCAUAUCCAUCACCAAUAUCAAUAACAGAACCAUCGACAACAACACCAUCAUCACCGUCGCUAUUGCCGUCAUUAAUGUCAUCAUCAUCAUCAUCAUCAUCAUCAUCAUCAAUGUCAUCGUCAUCAUCACCAUAUUUAGAAACAUUAUCUUUUUCAUUAUUUUCCCCAUCAUCAUUGUCAUCAACGUCAUCAUCAUUAUGGAAGGAAUUUUCGUCAAUAACAGUUUCAAGGGAUUCAGCACUACUUAACUCGCUCAAAGAGUCCGCUACAAAGUCAAGCGUCUUGCAAACUUUGUCAACAUCGACAAGUUCUUCGAGAAACAGCACUCUCUACACAACAGAAAUCCCAACAACCGUAUACCAGAUGCCUACUAAACUCAUCCAUGGGAAUGAAGAUUUCUGUGAUUGGAAUGGUGGCCCAUCGAUGCAAGCGAGCGGUCUCACGACAUGGCUACUUUUGGUGUGCUUAUGGAACUAUCCAUAACAUAGUGAGAAUGCGUGAUUACAGGAAGUGAGAAUGCGUGAUUACAGGAAGUGAGAAUGUGUGAUUCCAGGAAGUGAGAAUUCGUGAUUCGAGGAAGUAAGAAUGCGUGAUUCCAGGAAGGAUGGGCAUUGAAGAACUGCCAUUUCCAAUAUUCUGCAAACUCUCAUCAAUAAUUUCCAACAGCAACCGCUAGUUCCGGCUUCCAAACAAAUAGGAUUACAGAAAGUUGGUGCUUUAACUGUUGUUAGAAAACUGUAAACCCUCGUUUAAUAAAGUUUAUCGCAUUGUUUUG